AUGCAAUCAGCGAACAAGAAGUUUACACAAAUUCAGGAGUUCUAUGAUGGUCAAAAUAUAUUCAUUACUGGCGGGACCGGGKUUAUGGGAAAGUUACUAAUCGAGAAAUUGUUGAGGAGUUGCCCCGGCAUCAAGUACAUUUAUAUUUUGAUACGUCCGAAAAAAGGAAAAGAUGUACUUCAACGCACAAACGAAUUAAUCGAAGAUACGGUAUUUUCCAAACUACGGAAAGAACAACCAAAUUUUCAAGAUAAAAUAGUUUGCAUUUUGGGCGAUUGUUCUUUGCCGAAUCUAGGUAUCACGACUGAAGAUAGAAAUACUCUUAUAAAAGAAAUUUCUAUUGUUUUUCAUUCUGCUGCAACUACUAGAUUCAACGAGAAUAUAAAAUCAGCGACAGCUACUAACGUACGAGGUUUGAAAUACAUGAUAAGCUUCUCAAAGGAAAUGCCAAAAUUGCAAAGUUUCGUUCAUGUAUCCUCGGUUUAUUCCCAAUGUAUCCACAAUCCAAUCGAAGAGAAAUUUUAUGAUCCACCAAUUGACGACGACAAGUUGAUAAAUUUAGUCGACAGUAUGAAUGAAAAGUUACUGGAUGACAUUACACCAAAACUAAUUGAACCAUGGCCGAAUACUUACGUUUACACUAAAUCAGUCGCUGAAAAU